AUGAACGCUAACCAGCAAAAUACGCAGGUAGGCAUGAAAAGUUACUCGCAGGAUAUGCAGAUAGGCGCGACCACCAGUCCAGACUCGCACGGCCACGGCAUCCUCGCAGAAGGCGUGCACCUCGAAGAUAACACCCAGAACACUCCGCCAGGCCCCUACGGCCGCAGCCUCAAGAGCCAGCGCUCGUCGAAAAGCCUCGCCAAGUCCGCGCUCAGCUUCAUGGCGCAGACGCGCUCGCGGCUUUCGAACAAGCUCUCAACCAGCACACUGCCCAGUCCGCGCCUGAACAACAGCGUCAGCGCCGGCGAGCUCGGCUACUGUUACGGUUCGCGUUCACGCCCCCUAAGCAUCCAGACGGGCGGCCUGGGCGCGUACGCCGCUGACGCCGUCCAGCGUAGGCACUCCUGCUCACCCGUAUGUCUACGAGGAGGCGGCGUGGGCGUUUCCGCCCCGCCACAACCGCUCGCUUAGAGAACAAGCGGCCUUGUACCGUAAUCGCUGCGCGAGCUUGUUCGUGCCGUAGCAGGCGCGUGAGGACGAGAUAAGUGGUAUGGAGGUGCCGAAGAGGCGCCCGAACAAGUUGAGGAAGAAGCCAAAUUUUGCUUUUCCCUUGUAG